AUGAUGAAAGAACAGCAAGAAACGGUGGUGCUGGAUGUUGGUGGCGGGAGCGUGGAUUCAUUAUCAUCAUCCCGAAAUAGAAGCAACAAACUCUCGGUAGUCGGAUCAAAAGGUUUUGGAUCUUCCAUGAAUUUUUCAACAAAUACGAUUGAAACAGCUGCGGAUGAUGGAGAGCCAACCACAAGUCCCUUCGCCCAGUUUUCAUCAACACAAAAAAAAGAGUCCUCUAAAGAGGAAAAACUGGAUGAUACGACACCUGCCCGGUCUUCGGUUGAUAUUGACCGAUUUAUGGAAACACAUUCGAGACUUUUCCGAAGUAGAAGAACCAUUGCUAUUAUCAACAGUAUUCCAAAGAAUAGCGCCGACCGAUCAUGGAAGCAAAAACUGUACUUGAUUUUGGAGCAUCCAAGAUCGAGCUAUUUGGCCAUGAUUGCUACAAUUAUUUCCUCGUUAAUGACUGUGAUUCAAACAGUGUGUUUGGUGUUGCGAUCAUUUCCGUUCUUCUUUCAAUUUGAGUUUUUGUGGAUAUUUAUUACUGGUUUUCUCUCACUCUACUUUAUGAUUGAAUACUUUUUGAGAAUGGUGGCCUAUGUGCACACUUGGGGAGAUUUUAGACACUUUAUUACGGGAGGAAUGAAUAUUAUUGAUUUUUUGAGUUGGAGUAGUUUUUGGAUUGAUUUGAUUUUAUAUCAGGCAGAUUUAAGCGACCACUUUUAUGCACAAACACUGACCGUGUUCAGAGUUUUACGUUUGCUCAAAUUGAUCAAAUUGACAAGACUCUCAGCUAAAUUUCAAUUAUUGGUCGUUUCUAUCAGAAGAUCCUUUGAAUUGUUGUUAUCGUUAGUGGUGUUAACAGUUAUGGGAGCCAUUAUCAGUUCUACUCUCAUUUAUUAUGCUGAACGUGGCUUGUUUGAUGCCAAAUCAGGAACAUGGCUUCGACCCGAUGGUACUCCUUCACCAUUCUCAAACAUUAUGGUAUGCAUGUGGUUCUCAAUUGUUUCGCUUGCCACAGUUGGAUAUGGUGACAUUACUCCUGUCACCACGACAGGACGAAUUAUUGCUGUCAUGACCAUUCUCUCAGGUAUCGUAGUCAUGGCUUUACCUUCCAUGGCCAUUGGUGGUAUUUACAGCAAAUUAUUGGCAGAAUUUGAUGCAGCUCAAGAAGAGAAGGAAGAAAAGGAAAAACAAAAAGAAAGCGAGGAUAUGGGAAUUGAUCUCGAUAUUGAUGAAGCUGAGAAUGCAAAAGACAAUCUUGACUCGCAACCAUCCUCUCAAUCGAAUGAACAAAAAUCAUCGUCAUGGCUCAGUGUCGAUGAGUUACUCUUUGGAAGCUCUUCCAACAAUGCUACUGGAACGACAGGCAGUUCCUUUGGAGAUUUAGGAGAUUGGUCCAAUUUGAAGGAUCCAACCGUUCGUAGAGAUUUACAAAACAUUGACGAAGGAAUUCUCACUCAACUCAUUCAACAGCAAGAAUUGCUCAUGCAAGCAUGUAUACAACAAAUGGAAGACAUGAAACUUGCCAUUGAGGAAAUGCAAGUCAAUCGAAUGUUGUAA